CCGGGGGCGGGGCGGGGCGCCAGCCAUGGACAAUCAGUGCACUGUUCAGGUCAAGUUAGAGCUGGGGCACCGUGCCCAACUGCGCAAGAAGCCCACCACGGAGGGGUUCACUCACGACUGGAUGGUGUUUGUUCGUGGCCCAGAGCAAUGUGAAAUCCAGCACUUCGUAGAGAAGGUGAUCUUCCGGCUGCACGACAGCUUCCCYAAGCCCAAACGUGUGUGCAAGGAGCCCCCCUACAAAGUGGAGGAGUCGGGGUACGCUGGCUUCAUCAUGCCCAUCGAGGUGUACUUCAAAAACAAGGAGGAGCCGAGGAAGGUGUGCUUCACCUACGACCUGUUCCUGAACCUGGAGGGCAACCCACCUGUGAACCACCUGCGCUGCGAGAAGCUCACCUUCAACAACCCCACCACCGAGUUCCGGUACAAGCUCCUGAUGGCUGGCGGGGUGAUGGUAAUGCCCGAAGGAGCAGAAACGGUGUCCAGGCCCAGCCCUGACUACCCCAUGUUACCCACAAUUCCACUCUCUGCCUUCUCUGACCCCAAGAAGACCAAACCAUCCCACGGCUCCAAGGACGCCAACAAAGAAAGCAGCAAGGCCCCCAAGACACAUAAGGUAACCAAGGAGCACAGAGAACGACCCCGCAAGGACUCGGAGAGCAAGAGCUCUUCCAAGGAGCUGGAGCGUGAGCAGGCCAAGGGCGCCAAGGAGGCUGCUCGGAAGCUGGGUGAGGGCCGGCUGCCCAAGGAGGAGAAGGCCCCGCCUCCCAAGGCUGCAUUCAAGGAGCCCAAGAUGGCCCUGAAGGAGACCAAGCUGGAGAGCAUGUCCCCCAAGGGGGCACCCCAGCCCCCGGUCCUGCCCAAGGCUUCCAGCAAGCGGCCGGCUGCCGCAGACUCGCCAAAGCCCAGUGCCAAAAAGCAGAAGAAGAGCAGCUCAAAGGGGUCCCGGAGUGCCCCCAGCACCUCGCCCCGCACCUCGUCKUCCUCUUUCCCGGAUAAGAAGCCGCCCAAGGAUAAGAGCAGUACCAAAGGAGAGAAGAUGAAGGCCGAGAGCGAGUCCAGGGAGACCAAGAAGGCCCUGGAGGUGGAGGAGUCCAACUCAGAGGAUGAGGCUUCUUUCAAGUCAGAGUCCGCCCAGUCCAGCCCGUCCAACUCCAGCUCCAGCUCGGACUCCAGCUCAGAUUCAGAUUUUGAGCCCUCUCAGAACCACAGCCAAGGACCCCUACGCUCGAUGGUGGAAGACCUGCAGUCUGAGGAGUCUGACGAGGAUGACUCUUCAUCAGGCGAAGAGGCGACCGUCAAGGCAAACCCGGGCCGGGAUUCCAGGUUGAGUUUCAGUGACAGUGAGAGUGACAAUAGUGCCGACUCCUGCUUGCCUGGUCGUGAGCCCCCACCCCCGCAGAAGCCCCCCCCACCCAACAGCAAGGCAUCAGGCCGGAGGAGCCCCGAGCCCUGCAGCAAGCCUGAGAAGAUCCUCAAGAAAGGCGCCUACGACAAGGCCUACACAGACGAGCUGGUGGAGCUGCACCGGAGGCUGAUGGCGCUGCGGGAGCGCAAUGUGCUGCAGCAGAUCGUGAACCUGAUUGAGGAGACUGGCCACUUCAAUGUCACCAAUACCACCUUUGACUUCGAUCUCUUCUCCCUGGACGAGACGACCGUGCGCAAGCUGCAGAGCUACCUGGAGGCCGUGGCCACAUGACCCUGGGCCAGGUGCCAGGCCCCCACCGCCAGGGUCCUGGGAGGCCAUGUCCAGGCCCUGCCUGCCUUCCUCUCUCUUGACUUGCCCGCCCGCAGCACUGCCUUAGUGACCGCCCUGCCCUCAGCCCUCACAGCCAGCUGCACUUUUCUGGGUGGCUUCCAGCCUGCCACCCACCACCCUGUUGGGAACCUGGGGCCCAGGGGUCGGGCCAGUGCUGCGGCUCCCAGCCUCACGUGCACCAUUACCCGGGCUCCCCUCAGAAUGCGGUUUAUGUUGAAGGCAGCGCUGGGCCUCGCUCCUGAAAGAGGAAGAAAAUUCCAUGGAAUGUGUAUGACUGAGGGCCCCUCAUCCGACCUAGGGACCAGCCCCCUAAACAAAUGGUGGCUCUGUCCCCAGCUCCAUGGGGGCUCUGUGCCGCCUUUUCUCUGUCUGGGCCUCUCUGAACAGCUGGGGCCACCUCCGCAGCCUGCCUGGGACCUGGGGAGGCUCUGUGUCUGCACCAGGCUGGGCCACGCUGCCCUCUGUGCCAGCCGGCAUUGCGUCCUGUGUGGGCCCUCACUGUGCCAGGCCUCCGUGCUGUGCAGCUCUAUGUAUAGUAUAUAUAUGUGCGCGCUGUGUGUCCAGAAGCAGUUUCCAAUGUGCGUUUCUGUGGCCACGGUGCACGUGGGGGGUGGGGGGUAAGGUGGGGCUUAUAGGUUAAGAUGUCUCYGUGGGUCUUCUUGCCGGCUGGCCUCCCAGGGCACAGAGGAACCCCCACUUUGUGGGUCCAAGGAUGCCGCUGCCCCCCUGCUGGGGCUCCCAGAGCCAGUGAACAUGACCACGGGGCAGCCAGUCCUCAGGGCACUGGGGGAGCUGCCCCUCCCUGGCAGCUCCUCAGGUGGGUACCCAGUCUCUAGGGACAGACGCUUAGCCUCUGGGCUGCUCCUCCUGUAGGAUUCUCUUCCUCCCCUUCUGUUAAUCAAGUCUUCGAACUUUGAAAAAAAAAAAAAUGAGCUUUUGCCAAAUAAGACGGGAUAGUCUGUGGUUUGGAGGUGCGUGUGCACUCAGCCUGUGGCUGGGGUGUGGGCCCYACCGGGCAUAGGCCUCAGGCUCCUCUCCUCGUGCGACUUCCGCCUCCAUGGCUGCGGUUCACCCUGGGUGCAGCCUGGAGGCUGAACUGUGCACCUGGGAAUCUCCAAGGACCGAGCCAGUCCAGCUCCGCCCGGCCCGCCUUUCCAGGGCCCAGAGCCCUUGUAGUCAGCCAACUCUGGGUUUUCCCAGACCUUGAUCCAGAGCUCCCCACACCCCGGCCCCCAGCUUCAGAGUCUGUUCCAGUGUUCGCGCCCUGACACAGCGUGGGAAGGAGGACUGGGCCUGCGGUGGCCCCCGGUUCUCCAGCCCGUGGUGGGAGUCUCCAUCUCGCCUGCUGAUGUUCAGACACAGGAGGCGGCAGGGUCCCUCGUCUUGUCCUCGCUCUGGGUCUGCCUGUCAAGCAGACCUGAACACUCCCUGGGGGGACCCCAGCUCCAGCUGGGGAGAGCCCCAGAUUCUCCGGGAAAGGCCAGGAACUCAGAGGAAGCCUCAGCACCGACUCUCCCACGCUCACUUUCCUGCCCACUGCCUUCAAAAGGAGGAGGGCAGGCCACCAGUACUCCAGAGGGGAACGUCUCCUUCUCUGGGAACACUCCAAGACAUGGACAGAACAGACCGGCCCUGCAGAGGCUGCUGGGAAGAUGGCAGCUGUUCAGUCCUCUGUGCAGAGGCAGCAGGUCACCAGUGGGCCCUCAGCGGGCCCUCAGCCCAAGGGGCUGUUCUUUCUCCUUGGUGGGAUUGUCCGGUCCACACAGCAAUGUGGGAAGCCCUCCUGCUUGCCCUCGGCAGCAGCGUCCAGUCCUUCCUGCAGUUCUGUGGCCUCCGGAAGCUUCAACCCGUUUCUCAGUUACCUCCUCUGACCGGAAGGCCUCACCACUGUCCCCUGGAGCUGCUAUGGGCCCAGGACUGGCCYUGUGGCCACCAGUGGAGGUGCCGGGCAGCCAGGACCUGACUGCAGGGUUCCUGCUGCUCCCCACCCCCGCUGGGCUCUGGGGACGCUUCCAUAGGAAGGGCCCAGCACUCUGUGACUGCCAUGUGUCUCAUGUAAAGCCACCUGCUCUGGUGCAAAUCCCUGUGUUUCACUUUCUCCUGAGCAAAAUGUAAACCGAUGCCGGACAGCGAAGGGUGUCCAAGCCUUUCUCACCCGCAAGGGUUUUUACCAGAAUCUGUCUCUAGGAACUGAGGAACUGGGACACUUAAUCGGCCUGAGACCAA